UCACUUUCAGUCCAAACGAAGGAACGACUUUCCUACCCUAGAAUUCCGGUCCCUGCCAUGGCGGCGGCGGCCGGCCUCCACCAAGACAUUCUCGCCCGUAUCUUCCUCCUCUUGUCGUGCAUCGCGGACUGCGUCAGGGCGUCCACCGUCAACAAGCACUGGCGCAGGGUUGCCCUGCAGAACCCGUCCCAGCUGCCAUGGCUCCUCAGGCCGUCCACCGCCAGGACGGACAGCUAUCGGAUCUUCGGCGGCCUCGACGAUCCGCGCCCGCCCCUCUUCGACCUGGGCCGCGGGCCGCGCUUCUGCGGGUCCGCUCCGGGCGGCUGGUUCGUCAUUUCAUCCCGGCAGCAGCAGUGGCGAGGCCACGGCCUGCUGAACCUCCGCACCGGCGAGCGCGUCGCCCUCCCCGACCGGGUGCGUAUUCCCCUCGACUCCGGCGUCAUCACGUGCCCCAUGAUGAUCCGCGCAGCCGUCAUGUCCGCCGCGCCGCCGUCUGCCGCCUGCUUCGUCGCCGCCAUAACAUCCAGCCAGACCAACAUGGCGUUCUGGCGCCCGGGCAUGGACUGCUGGUUGUCGGCGCCGGUGGGGCCGACCCCGCGAAACGCCCAAGACCUCACUUACCACGACGGAUGGUUCUGCGCCGUCGACUCUGAUGAUGGCCUCGUCUCCUACAAGCCGGAAAUUGGCGCUGAUGGUUCUUCGCUUACUAUUCGACAUCACGACUAUAAAUUAGAUGGUCACCGGACCCAGGCCGCGCUCGGGGAGAUCGUCUCCCGCUACCUCCUGCCAUCCGCCUCCGGUGCCGAUCUGCUGAUGGUGAAAAGGUACGUCGCGCCGGCGAAAGGCGGCACCUGGAAGUUCCAGGUCUACAGGCUGCAGGAGGGACAGCCGGCUUCCUGGGGCUUGUACCAGAUGACUGGGCAGGUGCUCUUCGUCGGCCGGGCCUGUUCCAAGGCCUUCGACAUGGGGCACGCUGGCAACCCGGGCUACAUCUACUUCCUCGACGACGUUUACCCUGGCGGGCCACAUAGUGUCCUCCAGCAGAAUGAGUAUCCAUGCGCCGACACCGGUGGGUGGCGUUACUCAGUCCCCGGCGAGAUUGAGGAUUGCCUGCCAUGGGCGCCCCCCUCGGACACGUCGCCGUGCAUUUGGUACCACCAUUAAUUGAGCUACCCAGCAGGUUCAGUUUGAGGCAUCAUGGAGAUUUCGAUCAGUUUAUUUGGAGUCUUAUUUGUUGUUUGUAUUUGCUCCUAGUCAGUGUUUGUUUGUUGUUGUGGUUGUGUCCUCGUCGUUCUAUGGGAAACUGCAUAUCCAGUUUGUUGUAUGCUCCAGGUCAGUAUUUCAAACUAUUGUUGUAUGUCAUCGUUGUUGUCGUCAGUUAACUUGCAGGCUGUUUUGGAACUCAUUUCAUCUAUAUGAAUUCUCAACUAUUUAGACUGCU